UGUAAAUGUAGAUUUUUUUGCAUAUUAAUUAUACGAGAAGAUAUGGUCUUAUACAUAUCCAAGCAGAUGUGGCUUGUUGCUCUUUAAAAGGAUCGUACAUAUGCUACAUGAACGUGAUAUUUGUCACGUAGGCCAUUCAGGUGCGAUUGUCAGCGCCACUUACAACGAUUUCAAGUGUACACGCUAAACGAUAUUAAGUACUUUCGUUCAGUUACUCAUGGUAAUAUUCCUGCGUUAAUUAAAAAAAAUGUAAAUAUUUGUUUAUUUUUGGCAUUAACAUUUUUUGAUAGAGUAACGUUUAUUUUUGUAAAUGAAACAUUGAAGAUUUAGUUUCGAUAAUCGAACUACACUUACAUUAUCGUUUCGCAUUCUAGCGAUCUGAAAAUAUCGACUAAUGUUUUGACACGCCUUACGGGAAUAAAAGGAACUAAAAGUCGCGGUUCGUACCGAGUACGAUACGACAGUGUGCCGUAAAAUUUUUCAAGUUUAACAUUGUAAAUAAUUUUAUUGUAAUUAGUAUAAUAAUUAGGAUAUUAUAACAAUCAUGACGGAGGAACUAAAAUUGAGUCAUCGUGCUAGGAAAAGAAUUAAGGAAGUUAAAAAGAAAGCAAGACCAGAACUUGUAGAUAAAGUUGCUUGGACUCAGUACGGGUACAGUAAAAAUUUUGAAACUUUCUGGAAUUUUCAAGAUAAUGUAGAACGUAUAGAUGGAUCUGUUGCAACUACGGAAGAAUUUAUUGAAAAAUAUGAAAAACCUUAUAAACCUGUGAUAAUACAAGGUGUUCAGAAUGGUUGGAAAGCUCAUCAUAAGUGGACUAUAGAGAGGUUAGUUAAAAAGUACAGAAAUCAAAAGUUUAAAUGUGGAGAAGAUAACGAUGGGUAUAGUGUUAAAAUGAAGAUGAAGUACUACGUACGAUAUAUGCUUAACAAUGAAGAUGAUUCUCCUUUGUACAUCUUUGAUAGUUCAUUCGGUGAACACCCUAGACGGCAAAAAUUAUUAGAAGAUUAUGUUAUUCCCAAAUAUUUCCGCGACGAUCUUUUUCAAUAUGCUGGCGAAGAUCAUAGACCGCCAUAUCGGUGGUUUGUUAUGGGACCUGCCAGAUCUGGUACUGGUAUUCACAUAGAUCCAUUAGGAACUAGUGCCUGGAAUGCACUAAUUUCAGGUCAUAAACGUUGGUGCCUCUUUCCUACUCAUACUCCACGCGAGCUUUUAAAAGUAACUGCAAGUGAAGGUGGAAAACAGAGAGACGAAGCUAUAACAUGGUUCUCUAUUAUUUAUCCUCGUACAAAAUUACCUACAUGGCCUCAAGAUUGCUUGCCAAUCGAGAUUUUACAAAAUCCUGGUGAAACUGUUUUUGUACCAGGUGGUUGGUGGCACGUAGUAUUGAAUUUAGAUGAAACUAUUGCAGUCACACAGAAUUUCUGUUCUCGUACUAAUUUUCCAGUUGUAUGGCAUAAAACGAUACGUGGAAGACCAAAAUUAUCGCGUAGAUGGUUAAAAGUACUCAGGGAUAAAGAAGCAGAACUUGCAGCACUUGCAGAAACAAUAGAUGUAAAAGAAGAUACGGGAGUAGCCAGUGAUUCUUCGAGUGGCUCUUCGAGUAGUUCAUCGAGUAGUAGUAGUAGUAGUAGUCAAUCUGAAGAUGAAAGUGCUGAUGACAGUGGUCAAGAAUCUCUUACAGCACACAAAAAGAAGAAAAGGUAUUUGUAGUGUUCUAGACGGAGUCGAUAAAGCAAUUGGGCCACUUUGUGCUUGGCCUGAUGAAAAAAGAGUUUUUAU